UGAUAUCUGUAUAAUCGAUAGAUAGGUUCAUUCUGUCAAAUACAAUCAUGGCAGCAACAGCGAUUGACAUAAUGAUGCAGAACAAUGGGUUUCAGACGAAAAAGAAAGAGGAUCCAGACAAUAAAGACAAUUUAUGGUCUUCUAUUUUGUCUGAGGUACAAAACAGCGGGAACAAGAAAUUGCCAUCAAACAAGAACAUCCUUGUGUUAGGGGACAACGAAAGUGGAAAAACAACGCUUAUUGCAAAAUUGCAAGGUGUAGAAGAUCCAAAGAAGGGUUCUGGUUUAGAAUUUGCUUACAUCGAUGUUAGAGACGACUAUAGAGAUGAUCAAACGAGAUUAUCUGUUUGGAUUCUGGAUGGGGAUCCAGGACAUGCCAAUCUCCUGAGGUUCGCGCUCAACGAGGAAAGGUUUCCGCACACUCUUGUUAUGUUAGUGGCUGCAAUGACAACACCAUUUGAUAUUUUCCAUCAACUACAGUCUUGGGCUGCACUUCUUGGAGACCAUAUUGAUAAAUUACGUUUAGAUAAUGAAACUAGGCAACAGUGCAGACAAUUGAAUGUCAAGAAAUGGCAGGAUUAUGCAGAGCCAGGAGAUGAAUUAGAUCCUGGUAGUCCUCUGAGACGUACCAGUCGCAAUCUUGAUGAUGAAACGAUUGACAAUUUACCAUUACCAGAGGGCGCACUCACGACGAACUUGGGCCUCGAUGUUGUUGUUGUUAUUACAAAAACCGAUUAUAUGUCAACACUAGAAAAGGAGCACGACUACAAAGACGAGCAUUUUGACUUUAUCCAACAGUGGAUACGUCGGUUCUGCUUGCAGUUCGGUGCAGGACUAUUUUAUACAUCAGCAAAGGAGGACAAGAACUGUGAUCUACUUUACAGAUACCUCACGCACAGAAUUUAUUCUUUACCGUUUAGAACACCUGCUUUAGUGGUUGAAAAGGAUGCUGUACUAAUCCCAGCUGGUUGGGACAAUAUGAAGAAGAUCAGCAUUCUCUUUGAGAACUUACAGUCCAUGAAACCCGAUGAUUAUUACAGAGACGUGAUAGCACAGCCAGCAACUAACAGAAGAUGUGUCACAAGAGAGGCAGAAGUACAAGCUGAAGAGGAACAAGCCUUUCUGGCGAAGCAGCAGAUAGAAUUAUUAGGCUUGAAAGAUCCAACCCGUUCUCCGACGCUGAGGAAUCAGGCAAGCACGGGACCGGUGAUUCAGGUGGCUUCCCCGAAUAAAAAGCUGGAUCCAAAAGCAACGGGGGCUUCACAGUCUGGUGAGGGUGUUUUAGCAAACUUUUUCAACUCACUGCUUCAUAAGAAGAUCGGAUCACCUGGAUCACCAGGUAGUGUAGGCACAAGUCCAAUAAAAAUUGAUUCGCCUCCAGUAGAAAAAUCAGCUGUGACGAACGACGCUGCGGUGGAGUUGGAUCGCCUCACUAGGACUAAGAAAAUUUCUCCUCCUAAUUUGAAUUCGUCUUCUGAAUGCUGAAGAAAAUAUAGUUUCUUGGCACACUUUUAUUACUGUUUAUUUAUUACAAAAUAUUAGGUUCAAUCAGAAAUAAUGUUCGGUCUUGAAUUUAUUUCUAAGUAUUAGUAUUCCAUGAUUAAUACUCGUUUGAUAAUUUUCCAUUAUGUGCGGAGGUUACUUGUGAUUUGAUCUAAUAUUUAUGUGCAUAGGAUUUAAUAUUAAUCGAAUUCGUUUGUACUUGAAAUAUUUUAUUAUGUAAUGUUUUAUUAUUUUUACAUCGAUGCGAGUUUAAAAUGGGUUGCGAAGGAUUAGAAUUUGAUUCAGGAUGAUUUAUUUGAAACAGGGCAAAGGAUUGUUGCAAUGUCUCACACAACUUAACAACAGCUUUAAUACUAUAAUUAAAACUAAAUGAAAAACUAACCCCGAUUUAUAUUAUAAAUUAAACGAAUUAAAAUCAAGAAAAUUAUAAGUGAAGCGCAAAUUUAAAUAAAUUAAUUCAUGUAAAACUGUAA